UUUGUAUAGAUGCAGUGUGAGGAGGGAACAGAGUGGCUGCUGGAGUUGUUGACAGACGUCCAGUUGCAGCAGUACUUCCUGCGGAUCCGUGAUGACCUCAAUGUCACAAGACUCUCACAUUUUGACUACGUUAAGAAUGAAGAUCUGGAGAAAAUUGGGAUGGGGCGCCCUGGUCAGAGGAGGCUGUGGGAGGCGGUCAAGAGGAGAAGAGCCCUUUAUAAAAGGAAGUCCUGGAUGAGCAAGGUGUUUCCGGUGAAAAGACCCGAUGCAGAUUCCCAGCAGCCUCAGGGGGCGUCAUCCAGCCUGGGCUCCAGCACGAGUGAGUCGGGAGCUUCCCUCACCUGCCUGAUCAGAGAGCCAGAGCUGCAACUGUUUGAGCGGCUCGGAGAUGGCACCUUUGGAGUGGUGCGCAGAGGAGAGUGGACCGGUCCCAACAGCAGAGUGUUAUCGGUAGCAGUUAAAUGUCUGAAGGCGGGCAUGCUGGACUCUGACGGUUUGGACGAUUUCAUCAGAGAGGUGAAUGCCAUGCAUUCCCUGAGCCACCAAAACCUGAUCCGCCUCUAUGGGAUCGUCCUCACACAGCCCAUGAAGAUGGUGACAGAGUUGGCUCCUCUGGGCUCCUUGUUGGAUCGUCUGAGAAAGCGUCAGGGUCACAUCCUCAUUUCCUUACUGUGCGGUUACUCUGUGCAGGUGGCUUGUGGUAUGGCCUAUCUGGAGCAAAAGCGCUUCCUUCACAGGGACCUGGCAGCUCGCAACGUUCUGCUGUCAACCAAUGAAACGGUGAAGAUCGGAGACUUUGGCCUGAUGAGGGCACUGCCCACAGACACUGACCAAUACGUUAUGGAAGAAGGCCAUAAAAUCCCAUUCCCAUGGUGUGCACCAGAGUCUCUGAAGUCUCGAACUUUCUCGCAUGCGUCUGAUACCUGGAUGUUUGGGGUGACUCUGUGGGAGAUGUUCACUCAUGGACAGGAGCCGUGGCUCGGCCUCAACGGGAGCCAGAUCCUUCACAAAGUGGACGUGGAGGCUGAGAGGUUGUGUAAACCAGACGACUGUCCACAGGAUAUCUAUAAUGUCAUGCUGCAGUGUUGGAGCCCCAAACCCGAGGACAGGCCGACCUUCAUUGCCUUGAGAGACUUCCUCAUUGAGACCAUGCCCACAGACAUGAGAGCCCUGCAGGACUUUGAGGAGGAAGGCAAGCUCCAGAUCAACAUGAAUGAUGUCAUCACCAUCAUAGAUGGGAGGGCCGAACACUACUGGUGGCGAGGCCAAAACAGGCGAACGCUGCGCAUUGCUCAGUUUCCUCGUCACGUGGUGACAUCGGUCGCUGGCCUUUCUGCCCGCGACAUCAGCCGACCACUCAAACACUCCUUCAUCCACACUGGACACGGAGACACGGACCCUCACAGAAGCUGGGGCCACGCCGACCGCAUCGACAGUUUGUAUUUGGGAAACCCCAUGGACCCCCCCGAUGUCCUCGGAAUGGACCCUGACAUGGCGAGGCCCACCAAACUCCCCAACCGUGCCAAGAAGCAACCUCCUCCUCGUCCUCCUCAGCCUGCCGUCCUUCUGAAGAAGCCGUUCUACGACUCUGUGCUGGAUGAUUACGACGACGAUGACGACGGCGGCGCCUCAUCGGGGCUGAAGAGGCUCGGGAUGUCCCUGGGUCUGAAGCUCCGGCCAAGGGAAGGGCCCGGUGUUCGCUCGGCUAAAAGCGAGGUGUCGCUUAUUGACUUCACCGACGACAGCUUCAGUUCAACCACGCCCUCCCCGCUCACAGAGACGCGGCAGCCAGACGAGGACACGCUGAAGGACACGCCCUCCAUUUUGGACUGGCCCCUCCCUCAGCCAUCUUAUGACGAGGUUGCGACGGAUUUUGAGGACCAGUCGGAGGACCAAGAGGUGCGGUUUAUCAACAAGGGAAUGAGUGAAGAGGCUUCGGCCACGCCCAGUGCCGCUGUGGCAGGCAGGAGUGAGUCUCAGUCAGCUGACCUCUUCCAGGAACUUCAAAGAGAGGUGAUGGUGAAGUUGCAGGUUCCCAUGGCAACAGGCCGCUCCCUCCCCUCCUCUCCACUCCCUAUGCCAUUGACUCCUUUGGGCCCUCACAGACAGAUCUGCCUGCCUCCUCCCUCCCCUUCUUGCACUUCAUUCGCCUCCUCUUUUGAGGAGCGUCCUGUUUUGCCGCCUCGCAGUCCCGUCCCACCGCAUCGCUCCUCGAAACACAACCCGUCAGCCCACAGCUCCAACCCACAGAUGCGCUCCAGCUCCAUCUCCCUGGGCAACGGGGAAGACACGCCUCCACAGAUCCCACCGGAUCAUGGCUUUUCUCAGCCGGGCUCCCGCUCCUCCUCUCCCCUCCCACUGGUGCCGCCGCUCUCCACUUCUCCUCUCACCCUGCCGCCUCCUCCGCUCUCCGUCUCUCCACGUCGCACAUCUGGCCUCCUGGGUCCUCUCCUAUCCUCCAGCUCCCCUUCGUCGUCCUCCUCACCUCCUCCGCUCACAUCCCAGCCAUCGGGGCUCACAGCUCCAGGCUCCUCCUACAACACAUCUUUACAGGAACCUCUCACUCUUCGUGAAGGUCGUGGCGUUUCCUCUCUCAUUGAUGGCUCCCAGAACUCUGCUCCCAUCCCUCUGCCAGAGAGACCAGGUUUUCUGGACAGAUACGGAGCAGCCAACAUGGCAGCAGUCAAACCUAUGAUACAGCAGCCUGGUGGAGCCAAACCAAAUUCUUCCUUCAACAACAACAAUGGACCAACUACAGCUCCCAGCAUGCAACAGGAGCAAAUCAUCAAACAGGUCCAAGGAGCCGUGCACGGUGUCACGUUGGAGGAGUGCCAGGCCGCUCUGCAGACACACAGCUGGAACCUCGCCCAGGCUACAAACCAUUUGAAGGUAGAACAGUUAUUUCGGCUGGGGCUGCGGUCCAGAGCAGAGUGUGAGGAGAUUCUGCAGCGCUGCCAGUGGAACCUGGAACAGGCCAGUACACUCAUACUGGAUACAUACGGACCACACCGCAGCCGGAAGUGACGGGAGAGAGCCGCUAAUGAGCAAACGAUAACGACGCCGGGAUGACUCACCACUCUGCGAACCCGACACCUGGUGCUGAUUUUAGCGAUUGUCAGAACAUGAGGCGAUAACGUGCCACACUUUUUGUACUGUGAAUGCCAGAUGCUGCAAAAAUGGCGUUGCAUAUGUGCAUGCUAGCCAUUAGCUAACGCCCGCGCCACACCGUUUUUACCUGACUGAUGAGAAUUUUUCUUUCCGCUGGGAACAAACUGUUACUUUGUCUUGUGAGUGUGAGCAUGAUCUGUUAUUACCGUACAGACUGUAAAUGCUAAUGCUUAUCUGCUGUUAAUGUAGGAAUACAAAAUCAGGGAAAUAUCAAUUAACCACGUGAUUGUGCUCAAAUAUUUCAGUGAACAUGUACAGAUGUGAUAAUGUAUUACGUACACUUAGUCUUACUGAGUGUCUCAACUGUCAACACACGCGAUACAAGUUGAUCGUUUGGGCACAAGCUAACUGCUGGUCAGGUGAAGAUGUGUGUAAUUUCUGAAUUAUAUGAUGGCAUAUGAAAUAUUAUUUAUAUUUGUGUCUUGAAGCUUUUCAGCUGUCACAGUACUGUUUCUUUUAACGAGUUUUCUCCGAGUUACCAGAAUAUUAUUUGCCAAA